AUGGCGGGCGACGGCUGCUUGGCCUUGUGGCGGGCGGAGAACGACCGGCUGGCCCGGCACUGGCGGAGGGCGACGCGCCUUCCCGGCCCGGCCCCGGAUCCGUUCGCGGAGCUGCUGAGGGAGAUUCAAGGGCUCCCGGCCGCCCUGCCGAGCCUUCCCGUGGAGCUGGCCGUCCUCUGCAACGCCCUGCCCGCCCAGAUGCGCCCUCCCGGCGGCUGCCCCCGGCGCGCCUCGGCCUGGAUCGAGCGGGGACUCCGGCGGGUGCUGGAAGCUCGUGCGGCCACCGAGGAGGGUCUCGCCUCCGGGGAUCUCUGGCCGAGGGUCCUCCGGCAGGCCUCGCCCGAGGAGCUCCGGGCCCCCUUGCACCACCUGGCUGCCCUGCAGGCGGCCUCCUGGCUGGCCGAGCAGCAGCUGGAGAGAGCCCGGGAGCUGCUGCGGCUCCUCAGCGGUGCCCAGAUGCCGGACUCUCCUUGCGUUGGUUGUGACAGUGCGCUCCUUUCCCUGCUGCAGAUGUGGCACCCCCAUGAAAGGGGAGAGUCUGACCCCCUGGUGGUACAAACCAUCGGAGACUUGAAAGAGAUUCUGUGGACCUCAGCUGCCUUCUUGCAAGGUGUUCAGGAGCUGGAAGGUGACAACCCCCAUGGUACCCUUCCUUUCCUCCAAGCAGCUCUGUCCGGGCUGUGUUCUAAGCGGGUCCUCGCCCAGAUCUUCACCUUGAUGGGAAGCUGCUACUGGAAAAUAGGCAAGCCACACACAGCGCUGCAGUAUCUGAAGCAGGCCCUGGAGGUGGACUGCACCUUCCUGCCGGCCUUGUACCAAGCAGCUCUCUUGUACCACCAACUGGGACUCACCGAGGCCGAACUGGAGGUUCUGCUGCUGCUUUGUCAGGCUUUGGAGAGUCCCCCACAGGUAGCCCUGGAGUCCCACGACCCCCAUUUCCUCAUCCGAACAGAGCUGCUCAUCAGCGGAUGCCGUCCGGCUGCUUUCCUUGCCCCAAGCUGCCCAUCAGGAGUGAAAUACAUGCUGGCCAAGAGGUGUUUGCAGGCAGAGAGGGCAACAGAGGCUGCAGAGCAUUACCUGGACUUUCUGGCGCUCUUUCAGGAAGGACCUCUUCCCCAGGUGUCUCAGUGUAGUGAGCCAGCUGUGCCCAGAAUUCCAGAGGUCUUCCUGGAAGCGGCCUCUGCUCUGGAGGAGGCAGCCAGGCACCAGGAAGCCGUCGUGGUGUGCGAAGAGGUGGUCUCCCACACAAGCAGGCUGGUCCCGGCCAAACUCUGCAUUGUGCUGGGCCAGAGUUCUGGAAAGGAGCCCGCGGGGGCGGAGAAGUCCUCCUUGGCAAAAUCUGCUGCUGCUGUCCUGGAAGAGCAGAGGGAGAGCCUGCGCUGUGUCCUCUGGCAAGCGGCCGCCCACUUGAUCCAGGGCUGGGCAAGAGCCCGGCUGGGAGAAACCAAGGAAGCCAUAAACGGCUUCAGCAGGUGUCUUAAUGAUCUCCUGAGAAUCCAUCUGGUCAGCACAGGCAGGGCUGAACCAGAAGGAGAGCAGAUGGCCGUACCUGAAGCAGAGCUACUCCCCCAAAUCAGACUCCUGGCCUUGACAGGAAGAGGAAUCCAGUUUCUGGAGCUGGGGAGGUUCAAAGAAGCGUUGAUGGAUUUUCAGUACAGCCUGCAGGUCUCUCCAGACAGCUGCGCCUCUACCUUGUACUUACUGCACACCCUCUGGAAACUUGACCGGAAGCAGGAGGUGGUUGCGCACUGGCCGAAGUUCCCAUCAGAAUCUGGCUUGAUGGGGGGAAACGCAGGCAGAUCUCCCCCACUCUACCUGCGAUCGUGCGUGAAACAGACGGAGUUUCCUCGCAGGGAAUCCUUUGCCAAGGAUAUAAAAAGCUACCUCGGGGAGAAGGGCCAGGUGCUUUAAUGCUACGGUGGCUUCUUUUGCCAGCUUUACUCUCAGAUGCUUCUCUCCCUCCCGAAAGGGCUUCUCCAGAGUUCACUGUCGCCCGUGGGAAGAAGGUGACGCUUUCUGAGUUCCUGGGGGUGGGGUGGGGGGCAACGGCGUGGGAAGGGUGGCCUUUCUUAAUGGCAGAAAAGGGUGCUCUUGCUCCCACAUGAAUAUCUCUGCCAGAAUGCUCUGGCUCAUGGAGCUGGCUUGUAUGACUCAGGAGGGCUUCGUGCUCAACGGGAAGUGGGGAAGAGCCCCAGGCGCAGAGGCCGCGGCGGCUCCCCUUGGCGAUGUGAUCCUCAACCCCUGCAGCAGUUCAGAGGAGAACAGUCUUGGCUUCCAGCGCCUCUGCAUCCCUUGCCAGAGUCUGGGUGAAGAGCCAGAGGAACUGCCAAGAGGCAUCCUUGUUGGGAUGAGACCCACUGAACCGUGGAGCUCAAGCAAAGCGGCUUAUUCUAAAGCAGGGCUCUCCAAAGCUUGGCAGCCUUAAGACUUGUGGACUUCAACUCCCAGAAUUCCCCAGCCAGUUGCCAAGUUUGGAGAGCCCCGUUCUAAAGUAGUAGACAAAGCAAGACUUUGAGAUGUGCCACAGAGAAAGACUUCCUGAAUAUGGAAGUCCUAUUGGGAUCAUUUGGUUAAGCUUAAAAGGAGUUAAAAACCAAACUAUGCCGUUUUGGGACCCCUCUUCACUCAGGUAGAGGUUGCAAAUGAUGCUUUUCUAAAUCAGGUUUCAAGAUGGCAGGUUCUGGUAGUGAUGGGAGACUUCUGUUACCCCAAUACUUGCUGGAAAAUGAAGAGUAAAGUUCCAGCAGGUUUCUCCUCUCUCAGCAGUGAAUGCAGUGUAAACACUGUGGCGUCAUCAAGCUCGGGCCCACCUGACCAGUAUUUUCCUCCCUGUGCCUCCCCCUCCCCGAGGAAACAGAUAACAUGGAUGUUUCUAAAUUACUGGCCUUGAGAGACCUCCCUAAUUAACAGACACCCCGAUUACAGUCAUCCAAGUCUGUGGCCACCAUCAUAUGGGAGUGAUGUAUAAAGGAGGCCUUUCUUUCAGCUCCAUUGGCUGAGCCCACCUGAUUCCUUCUCCCUCUCCACUUCCUCUAUGCAAUACAUGGUUUUCUGUUUUUACAAUUGGGUCACGUCUCCUCGUUCUCCUUUUUUCUAUCUAAGCGGUGACUGGCAAACAGCAGAUGGCAGCAGCUGACUAAUCUCGAGAAAGCUGAGGAUUGCGCUUGGGUAAAUACUUGGAUGGAGAAUUGCCAGAGGGCCAGGGUUACGAGGUAAACUGGGAAGCAGGGGGAAAAAACAGGGUGGCAAGGAAGGGCCGUCAGCAAGCCCACCUGCCAAGAAGGGAGAAAUGGCAAAGUUUGCUUCCCAUGUAGGAAGUCCUCGACAUACGACCAUAAUUUGGAGCAGAAUCUCCGUUGCUAAGCAAGACGGUUGUUAAGUGAGCCUCACCAGCUGAUGACACUUUUUGCCAUAAAAGGUUGUUAAACAAAUCACUGCAGUUCUUAAGUGAAUCACGUCAUUAAGUGAAUCCGGCUCACUAUUGACUACUUGUAGGAAGUCAGUUGGGAACGUUGCGAAUGAGGAUUUUGUUUAAUCCUGGGAGACAGCAACCCUUACAGAUAUAUGCUGGUUGCCAAUUGCCCAAAUUGCGAUCGUGAAUGUAGGGAUGUUGCAAUGGUCAUAAGUGUGAGGACUGAGCCUAAGUCACUGCAGUUGUAACUUCAAAAACUCGUUAAAUGAAUAGUUGUAAAUCAAGGACUCCCUGUAUUUGUGUUUUCUCAAUUUCUGCAACCCCCUCAGAACCUUCCAUCAGUAAAUCUGGCUGAUGGAUUAUGUGUUUCAAGUCAGUAUUCACUUUUAAUAACCAUUUUAUUUAUUUAUUACAUUAAUAAACCUCCACUACUGUUUAGACUCCAUCCCGAAGGCUGCCUUCCAGUAGAGUAGCCAUUGCCCUGGGAGUCCUCUGCUUUUUUCUCCUUCCAACUCCCCAAGCAUUUGGGACCUUCAGGGAAGGUGGAGCUUUGCAAAACACUUGCAUCUUGAAUGUGAAAUUUAGCUCGGUUUGUUUCAAGAUCCAUUCUUUUACGUCUAUCCACAAUAUUCCCAUGAAUCCUCUCUGGCAUCAGCCUCCGGAACCGUCAGUACUUCCAUCUUCUUCAAAUCCAGUUUCUGCUUCCACAGAAGAUCAUAGAGAAUUAGCGAGACUUGGCGCAAUUCUGAUCUUUUGUAGGUGGAGACAUAUCACAGAUCUGCACCGCUUUUCCAAGAGCCUUCAGGCAGGGGUGACGUCUUCCCAGUUCGGCCUGGUUUGGUCGAAUCGGUAGGGAGGAAUGUCCCUGGUUCUGCGAACCACUAGUAAAGAAUAGCUUCCAAGGACUGCAUGGCUCAGCUGUGGGCUGUGCGAUCGUCGGAAGC